AUGCUGUGGCGCAGAUCAGUAGUGCCGCACCUUCCCUCUCCCCCUGCCUUUGCAUAUGGUGGUGUUGUGGGCAAGCGCAAAGAAGAGGCUAUUGCAGUGCAAAACAUCAUGGCGUUUCGACUUCGCACAAGUGGGGUUUCAUCCGCGCUCAAGCUCUACGACGUGAAGAAUGCUUUCCCCUCACCUGCGCAUUCUAACAUUCGAAGCAUUUUCCAACAACUGCCUCCCUCUCAGGAUGUAUCAAUUCUUUUACAGCACAUCGUCAACCACCGGUGUGAACUCCAAGCAUGUGAUGGGUCAGUCUUAUUGCAGCCUGGUUCUGGCAUUCCGCAGGGAAGCACAAUCGCCACUGAGUGUUUCAACUUGGUGUACUGGGGCGCAAUCCGCCAAUUCGAAGACCAGCUGAUGCCGCACAAUGAGCUUCUCACCACCAACAUGGAGCAUUGCCCGACGGCGAUCUCGGUGGCCACUACCGUUUUCGUUGACGAUCUCGCGUCUCGGGUCGCAGACAACAAACCAAGUGCUCUAUUCCAAAAAGUAGAAGACUCUGCUGCCCGCUUGGAUGGUGCGCUAGAUCGGCUUUCAAUGGUUCAGAAUAUAUCCAAAGCUGAAGCCUUGCUUAACCUUCGAGGCCCAGGAGCUCACAAGCUUACUCGUGAAGCUUUUCUCUAUGGUCAACUGGUGCCAGGCUGCAAAAAAGAAGCUCGCUACCUGGGGCCAUAUUUGCAUUGGGACUGUUCUUUUGCUCCUGAAUGUCAACGACGCAUUGACGCUGCUAGACGUGCAUGGUACGAUUUUCGUGGGUUCUGGUUCAAGCGGAUUGAUAUGCGUUUCAAAUUGUUGGUUUUCCGAUGCGUGGUGGUUCAAACUCUCUUAUCGGGAUUGGUGGCUUGGUACGUCAACGACCACUUCAUCAACAAGAUGGACUCUUUCCUGGUUCACGUUCGGGCUCGCGUGGCUCCAGUUGGCAUCGAGCUUGUAGUCGCACGGCUUCGAUGGCUUCAAACCAUGCUUGCGAAACCCCGCGAGCAUCAUCAAAUGUUUGCUGCGAUGUUUGGUCAGUUCCCUUUCGAGAAAACACUUUCGGACCAUCCGUGGCUUGUACAACUACGGAGUGAUCUCAGUGACCUCUCGCAGAUCGAGGAGGCUGCAUGGAUAUCUAACAGUGUCAAAGACAACCCUGCACACUUACUGCAUGACGCUGUGCUUCGUGAAGCAUUUUGCGCUGUAGAUGUUUCGGAGCUCAGGGCAAAGUCCAUAUCUGUUCAAAUCCCGCCGCCUGGCUUCACCGACGGCACAACUCAGAGUCCCGCUGCUACACCUACCGAGUUUGCAGAUGGGCAUGUGUGUGAAUUACUCCGUGUGGACGGCAGUAUAUGUGGCCAAAGAUUCCAGACGCAAAAGGCUUUGUUUGCGCAUCAAAGGUUUGCGCAGGAUGGAGAACAUGGCACCGAGGUACAUGCAGCUACCCUUGUGGUCACCAACCAGUGUCCUUUCUGCUCAUCGGCGUUCAGCAGUAUCGCUUCUGCAAAAAUCAUUUCAGAAGAGCUCUGUUUCAUGGCCGUUGCAUUGCUGAUAUUAGCAAUGAACCUCGGCCUAGAGCAAAAUCAGGGCGAGCGGCCGUCCAAGGUUCGUGCAGUCGCGCGACAGGGCAUGGAGGAUGCGGAGACAAAAAAGCUGCUGUCAACACUGGCAAAGUUGUCAUUGUCAAACGCAAUGCAAAUCAGGGCUCUUCGCAGCAUCCUCUUGGAAGUGCACCAAGUUCCUGCAGCCAACCCGUACAUCCAGGAGGCCAUGCAAGCCACCAAAAAGUAUGCGGAGGCAGCCAAGGAAAUGAGUCCAAAGGACAAAGAGGAGCGCCUCGGUCUUCCUCACAUCCAUGUCUGGAACGCUCUGUUGGCGGUCGCAACACGCAACCUGGAGCAACGUGCGAAAGAGCAAGAUCCCUCCCACCAAGAGUCCCUCGCGGUCCUGUUGGAGUAUGCCAGCAAGUACCAGGAACAGGGGUGGAAGGCCAUCCACCACGAAGUGAAGUACGCGCGCGUCCAAAAAAACUUCAGACCAGAGCUCAAGCGGUUGGAGAUCAAUCUGAUGGAAAGCAGCCCGUCAGACAAAGUGUGGGCCAUCAUCAAAGCAGAUCUUCGCCGAGAUCAGGGAGUGCGGGAGUUGCCGGGGGUGGCACCGGCAGGGGAUCUCGAACGCCAGCUUCAAAGGUUUCUGGAUGAUGCCAGUGGAAGUGCUAAGUGA